AUGCUACAGAGAGUUUCUAUUAAGAGAGCAAAAAGUUUGCAACUCUAAGCAAAAGAAGAAAGAAGAAAUGGCUUCCUCAAUGAUCUCUUCAGCCACCGUGGCCACCGUGAACCGCGCCAGCCCGGCUCAGGCCUCCAUGGUUGCCCCCUUCAAUGGCCUCAAGUCUACCUCAGCUUUCCCAGUUACCAGAAAGACCAAUGACAUUACUUCCGUCUCCAACAAUGGCGGAAGAGUCCAAUGCAUGCAGGUGUGGCCACCACUUGGAAAGAAGAAGUUCGAGACCCUUUCUUACCUUCCACCACUCACUGAAGAGUCUUUGUUGAAGGAAAUCGCUUACCUGCUCCGCCAGGGAUGGGUUCCCUGCUUGGAAUUCGAGUUGGAGCACGGAUUCGUCUACCGUGAGAACCACAGGUCUCCAGGAUACUAUGAUGGACGCUACUGGGUGAUGUGGAAGUUGCCCAUGUUCGGAUGCACAGAUCCGGCACAAGUGGCCAAGGAGCUCCAGGAAUGCAAGAAGGCAUACCCCAAUGCCUUUAUCCGAAUCAUUGGAUUCGACAACAAGCGUCAAGUGCAGUGCAUCAGUUUCAUUGCCUACAAGCCACCAGGCGUCUAAAUUUAUUUCUUUCUUAUGAUUAUUAUGUGCCCUUCGUUCAUGAGGGUCGGUUUGUUUCUUUAAACUGUACUUAGGCUGUUUCUGAACACUACUUUUUUUUUUUUUUUUGCUGUUUUCCGUUUUGUUUUUGGAGAUAUUUCUUUCCCUUUCUUUUCAAUUUCUGGUCCGGAUUCCGAUGGAAUGGGUGAGAAUUGUUGAAUAAAAGGUAGUUUCUUGCCAACUCUAUUUCUGUAUGAA